GCACAUUACUACAGUAAUAUUCCGUUCGUAAUGAAGAAAAAAUCAGAUGUGUCCCGAUGUCUGUAUUUAAAGCUGACAGCCCAACAUUGAUAUGAAAUUAAAGUCACAAGAAUUCGGACAAUAUGUAUACGUUUGAUUAUCUAGAUAUCAGGCCAUUACACAAAGAAGAUAUACGUGUUGCUUUUGUUCUGGAAAAAGAAGGGUAUCCAGAGGACGAAGCAGCCACUCAUGCCAAACUUACAUAUAGACACACAGAAGCACCAGAGUUAAACAGAGGUUGCUUCCAUGGAGAUGAACUUAUAGGAUUUGUGUCAGCAACACGGUACCAUGAAGAUACACUGAAAGAUGAAGCCAUGAAUAUGCAUAUUCCUAAUGGUGAAAGUGUGUGCAUUCAUUCAGUAUGUGUCAAAGAAUCACGUCGGCGGCAGGGCGUAGCAACACAUAUGCUAAAAGAAUUUAUAAACUAUGUCAAAAACGAGGAGAAAGAUGCUCAUAGGAUUCUGUUGAUCUGCAAAUCUAAACUGAUACCAUUGUAUACUAGAGCAGGAUUCAUCUUCAAAUGUAAAUCAGACGUUGUUCAUGGAAAAGAAACAUGGUAUGAGUUAGAAGUGCAAUUGAUGUCUAGAGAAAACUGUAAGGAACUAACAUCUAAUGGAUAUUAAAGCUUUAAAAUGCUCAUACUUGCAUGACAUGAAAUUAGUAAAAAUUUGUUGCAAUUUAAUUUAAUUUGUGCAAUCUGUUAUUGAAACCCUGUGAUAUAAAGCAAUAAAAAAAGUCUACAUGUUAUUAUGUUUUACCAGCCCUGUAAUCAACACAUCUUUGUUGACAUGAAUUAUCAUUGAUAUUGUCAAAUGUAUAAAUUAACUGUUUACAAAUCUUUAAAUAAAGGCAAUAGUAGUA